AUGGGCAUCAAAAUGGCUUCCUCAUCACCGCGACAAACAUCGCCCGCAGAAGAAACCGAUGCCAACUUGCCCGACUCCGCUCAGAUCUCUGUCAACGAGAUCAAGAUGGAGGAAGCAUCAUCGCCUCAAAAUGUCGCCCAGCCAAGCGGAGUGGCACUCGAGGAUCUCUUCGAUGAUGAUGAGGACGAGAUACAAGCCGAGAUGGAACUCUCAAGUACAAACAACAUACCUUCUUCUCCUCCACAAACAGCACCCACAAUGUCUCCGGAAACCAAGACCAACGGCGAGCAAGAAUCCUACUCGGACGCGAUGGUGAUGCAACAGUUUUACGCCCGGUUAUUUCCCUUUCGCUCUCUAUUCCAAUGGCUCAACCAUUCUCCCAAGCCAGGUCCAGACUUCAGCAACCGCGAGUUUGCCCUAACCCUUCCAAACAAUGCUUACCUCCGAUACCAAUCAUAUGCGACGGCAGAUAUGCUCCGCAAGGACAUUCUACGACACAACCCAUCCCGAUUUGAGAUUGGGCCUGUUUAUACGACGAAUCCCAGAGACAGGAAAACCCUCAGAAAGAGCAGUAUGUUUCGACCGCUGAGUAAAGAGAUUGUGUUCGAUAUCGAUUUGACAGACUACGACGAUAUUCGGACGUGCUGUACAAAGGCAAAUAUCUGUUCCAAGUGUUGGUCAUUUGCCACCAUGGCGAUCAAAGUGGUUGACGUGGCUUUGCGAGAUGAUUUCGGGUUCGAACACAUCAUAUGGAUCUAUUCGGGUCGUCGUGGUGUGCACGCUUGGAUCAGCGACAAGGACGCCCGAGAACUAGAUGACGACAGAAGAAAGGCAAUCACUGGGUACUUUGAAGUCCUGAAAGGAGGUGUCCAAGGUGGCAAGCGAGUGAACCUGAAGCGACCUCUGCAUCCCCACCUUACCCGCAGCCUUGAGAUUUUGAAACCAUAUUUCCAACAAGUACUGAUCGAUCAAGACCCCUUCAAGUCACAAUCAGGACAAGAGCGACUACUACAGUUAAUUCCGGAUCGGUUGCUGAGGGAUGCACUAGCGAAGAAAUGGACCAGCAGUCCUGAUCGACCAAGUACGCGCAAAUGGGCAGACAUUGAUUCCGUCGCUGCAACAGGGGUCAGCAAGACUCUGGACACCAAGAGUCUCAUGGAGGCCAAGCAGGACAUUCUGCUCGAGUAUACCUAUCCCAGAUUGGAUGUUGAAGUCGGAAAGAAGCGAAACCAUUUACUGAAGAGUCCUUUUGUGGUACACCCCGGCACCGGAAGAGUCUGUGUACCUAUCACUACCAACGGCGACAUGGAACGUGCCGAAGCCUUCGAUCCAUUAACGGUACCGAAGGUGACGGAGCUACUUCGUGAGGUGGAUCACUUUGGAAGCAACGGCGGGCCAGCUGAGCAGGACAACGGAUUUGUUCAGGAUGGACCUACCAUGCGGAAGCUCAAUGACUGGGAAAAGACCAGCUUAAAGCCUUAUGUGGAGAUCUUCGAUGGAUUCGUCAAGACGCUUCUCAAGAGCGAAAUGACGCGGGUCAAGCGGGAAAGAGACGAGGAUGGUAUCACCGGCGCUGAUGGAAUGGAGUUUUGA